UGGAUGCCUGCCCCGACCGUGAAUCAAGGUGGAAGCCGGUGGAGCUAGUUGUAUCGCGUUUAAGAAUUGAGCCGUUGCCAAGAUACGCACGCCCGACCUAUUUCCGUUGGAAGAAUACGGGAUCCGAGUGAUAAGUGAGAACAGAGUCAAGAGGCGACCGGUAAAACAUGAUGCGCACCGGUUUUCUCAUCCGCGAGAUCAAUGGCUCGCGUUUGCCAUCGAUCGUGCCAUCGAUGGUGCAACGUCGCCCGAGAUCGGUCGAAGCUUAUGCUUCCAUCCAGAACGACAUCUCGAAGGACCUGGACACCAAGCUGCAGGAAGAUCGUCCGACCAAGGAUAUCCCCGGUCCGAGAGCAUGGCCUCUAUUUGGCAAUAUGAUGCGAUUUAUACCGCAUAUAGGUAAAUACGGUAACGUGGACCUCUUGACGCAACUGCGGAUGCUGCGCGACGAAUACGGCGACAUGGUGAAGUUGGACGGCAUAGUGAACCGCCCGCCGUGCGUUUUUCUAUUUUCGCCGGAGCUGUGCGAAAAGAUGUAUCGAGUGCAAGGCACAUGGCCAAUGCGGGUUGCGAUGGAGUGCCUGCAUCAUUAUCGCGAGAGCAGACAGCACAUCUAUAAGGGGAAGUACGGUAUCGCAACGAGCCAGGGAAAAUUGUGGCACGACUUUCGCUCGAAAGUCAAUCCGCACAUGAUGCAACCGCGUACGGUCAAAGUGCACGUCACGCAGAUCGGCGAGGUGACCGGCGAGUUUGUGGAGAAGAUGCGAACACUGCGAGAUCCUAAAACUCUGGAGAUGCCGCCGAACUUUGCCAACGAAUUGCACAAGUGGGCUCUGGAGUCGAUAUGUUCGAUCGCGCUGAAUUGCCGACUGGGGUGCUUAAAGCCUAAUCUUCCCGCGGAUUCGGAGCCGCAAAUAAUGAUUAAUUGCGUGCACGAUAUGUUCGAACUCAUGUACCGCUUGGAGGUGCUGCCGUCCUUGUGGAAGUUAUACAAUACGCGGAAUCUCAAGAAGUUCUUCCAUGUGCUGGAUACGCUUAAUGGAAUUUCCACUAAGCACAUCAAUCGCGCUAAGGUGAAAUUCCAUGAGACGAAGAACCAGACAAGUCCGCAAGAAAGCAGCGUACUGGAGAAACUCUUGAGUAUGGACGAACAAACAGCUCACGUAAUGGCGCUCGAUAUGUUAACGGCUGGCGUUGAUACGACCGGUAACAUGAGCGGCGCCUUGCUGUAUUACAUCGCAACUAAUCCGGAGAAACAGGAGAAGCUGCGAGAAGAAGCAAUGUCCGUAUUACCGGACAAAACAUCGCUCGUUACACCCGAAGUGCUGCACGAGACAAAGUAUGCUAAAGCCUGCAUUAAGGAGUCCCUUCGUCUGUUCCCCGUCUCCAUCGGCAACCUCAGAACCAUGCAAUCGGACGUUUCCCUAGGGGGAUACAAAAUACCAAAAGGGUACAAUCUCAUCGCCUGCCAUCCACUGAUAUCGAUGGAAUCGACACAGUUUCCGGAUCCGAAGGAGUACAUUCCCGAGAGAUGGUUGCGGGGCAACACGGAUUUCCCCUCAGCCAGGGACGCGCAUCCUUUCACGUACAUGCCUUUCGGAUUCGGCGCUCGCACUUGCAUCGGCCGACGAUUCGCCGAGAUGGAGAUGGAGACGUUGCUCUUGACAGUUCGUAAACUUUCUUCGACGGCACUCGUUCGCGUUUCCCGCAUUUCACCCGAAAAUCCAGCCAACAUGACGUCGAAAAAUACGAUCCUCGACUCGGACUGCAUGACGCUAACGAGAUUCGUGCUGGCGGAGCAACGCAAGGUGCCGUCGGCGACCGGCGAUCUCACGCAGCUGCUGAACAGCAUACAAACCGCUGUGAAGGCCGUCAGCUCGGCUGUCAGGAAGGCCGGCAUCGCCAACAUGUGAAGAGCACGAGCGAUUAUUGAUCGGCCAGUCGUCAGUGCGCCAGCGCAAGUCAGCCUGACGAACAGAAGCAUUCACGAGCCGCCCUCGGCCUUAGUGCGUUUGCCCGACGUUCGCCGUUAUGCUCGUCGUCACGCCGAAGCGUCCUUAGAUGCUGCCAUCAUGUCCGGUGACAGGGAUUAUAUCGGUUUCGCGACGCUGCCGGAGCAAGUGCACCGAAAAUCGGUGAAGAGGGGUUUCGAGUUCACCCUGAUGGUGUUGGGUGAGACCGGUCUUGGCAAGUCGACCCUCAUAAACAGCCUCUUCCUCGGGGAUCUGUACAAAGACCGGCGUAUUCCGGAUGCGGCAGAACGCGUAGUUAAGACCACCUCCAUCGAGAAGAAAACAAUGGAUAUAGAGGAGCGCGGCGUUCGGCUCCGAUUGACGAUCGUAGAUACGCCAGGAUUCGGUGAUGCGGUAAAUUGCGAGGAUACGUGGAAGGCAUGCUCGGCUUACAUCGACGAACAAUUCCGCCAGUAUUUCACGGAUGAGAGCGGAUUAAAUAGGAAAAAUAUUCAAGACAAUAGAGUACACUGUUGCCUAUACUUUAUACCACCGUACGGCCAUGGUCUCAGACAAAUUGACCUCGAGAUAUUAAGACGUUUACAUCGGAAAGUUAACGUCGUUCCCGUGAUAGCGAAAGCAGAUACGCUAACCACUCACGAGGUGAAAAAGCUGAAGGAGCGCAUUUUAGCAGAUAUCGAAGAACAUGAGAUACAGAUAUACCAAUUCCCAGAUUGUGACAGCGAUGAAGAUGAAGAAUUCAAGCAACAGGACAAGGAAUUGAAAGCCUGCAUACCCUUCGCGGUUGUUGGAAGUUCGACGGUGCUGGAAGUUGCCGGAAGAAAAGUUCGCGGCCGACAAUAUCCAUGGGGUGUAGUGGAAGUCGAGAACCCGAAGCACAGUGACUUCGUGAAACUAAGGACGAUGCUAAUAUCGACGCAUAUGCAGGAUCUAAAGGACGUCACGCAGGACGUCCACUACGAGAAUUUUCGGGCCCAAUGUAUUUCACAAAUUUCGCAGCAAGCGAUCCGGGAACGGAGCAAACUGAAAAGAGACUCCGGACCGCACUUUGAGAACAGUAUAUCCGACACAGAUAGGCUUCUUUUGCAGAAGGACGAAGAGAUUCGAAGGAUGCAAGAUAUCUUGGCGCAGAUGCAAGAGAAGCUCAAAGCGACCGGUCAAGUCGGCGGUGGGGUCGGAUUGAGAGGUCGCGUGGGUAGCCUCGGCAACGAUUUGGAUUCCGCGGACGGUGAAAAGAAACGGAACAGUAUUAUAGACGUUUGAAGCGUAUAGAUUACCGUCGCGGUAUUAUAUUCAGAAUAUAGAGUUUACCACCGAAAGGUCUGUACAUAUAUCAUUCGCUUCUUGAGUUUCUCGACGAAUUAAUGUAUUGUUAGAUUAUAGAAUUGUCGAAAGUAAGACAAUUUUUAAAUAAUUCACCUCUCAUGCCUAUUUGUAGCCGUUUCAUUGCUAUUUUGGUAAAUAGCAAUCGAUAAACGAAAAUUUUAUUAAGAUAAAUUUGUUCGGUUGUAAUGAACUUUGCAUAAUUGUCACGUUAAGCUUUUUUAAUCACGUUCGGAAGGAAAAAACGAAUUUAAACUGCCAAAGAUUCACGAACGCUUACUAGCCGAACAGUCGUGUUUUUACAGAUCUCUCAAGCACAUCACGCAUUGCGCCAGUAAUACGUUGACACGUAUUUUGUACUUUUAGUAUACUUAGCUAAUUUAUAUAAAUAAUAGAUAUGCAUAAUCCUGUCAAAAAUUCCCGAGAUACGUGUGAAUAUAGAAGUUGCAGAAUUUUUAUAAGUUUAGCCAGUUUUAUGAAAAUCCGAUGCUCCUUACACUCUUCUGAAGAACAGUGUUGCAUAAAAAAAUUUGGCUAUCUGGUAAAACAGCUAAAUUUACAAUUGUUCUACACAUGUACACCAAGUGCUCGUUGUAAAAUGAUAACACGUAGUCGACCGCACGUGUACAUUCGAACUUUAGCAUCAAAUCAGUGGAGUAAUCUUGUACGUUUAGUAUGCUAGCUUUAGUAUGAGAUCGACUCACGAUAUCGAAUGUAUGCCAGUGAACUGUGAGCAAUAUAACUGAUUAUAAUUCUAGAUACUCACAAUGUACUGAUCAUGUAAAGAAGAAUAAUCUAAAAAAAGAGGCAUUAUUAUCGAAAGUGCAGGAAGUUUGCGUUCACUUAGCAUUUUACUGUCUUCUGAGUUCCGCGAUCGUCGUAAGAUGCAUUAUUGAGAAAAAGAAAGAGAGAGAGAGAAAGGGAACGAGAAUGUAGAGACAGUUUGCAACAAUAAACGUGCCAUACAAAUAUGAUCAA